UAUCCAACGCUGGUGUUGUAAUUUUUCUUGACGCAAGGUGAAAACGAAUUAAACGGCUAUUUAAUAGUGAAAAGUGAACAAAUAUGCUUGUAUCGAACACCUAAACGUAGCUGAUUGAGGCGUUUAUCGGUAUUCCAUAAAGGCUCGUUGAGAAUCCAAACAGAACUGAAUAGAAAACGGGCCUGAAAAUUUUACUUUGUGUGUAGCCGAGGCCCAUACGCACACACAAACCCCCACACACACGCACACACACACAUAUAUAUGGAGAUAAACGCAGCGAUGGCCUCGCACUCGCAUUCGAAGCAUAUAUAAAAGCUCUGUUGUAUAUUGGAGAAGGAGCGCACAAAGCAGAAGACGAGAAGAAAGAUUUCUGUGUCAUUGAACGAGGCGACGGCGACGACCAGGCAGGCAGAACAAGGAAUAAACUCCUCCUCCCCUAGGAGCAGCUGCAGCUCAACCGACUGGCCCGCGGACGGACCCUAGAGAUUGAGCAAGAUGGCUAACACGCAAGCAGGACACACUGUUUUAUGACUCUGAGGGGGAUCCCAAAGAGCGAUCAAACGUGCGAGAGAGCGAACAGAGUGAAUUAGUAGCCAGAGAGAAGAAAGCAACCAAGGCCGCCAUCAUGGUCGACAGCGUGCAGUGCCCCGUGUGCACCUUGUACCUGCAUGCGGGUAUGAAUCUCUCCGACCAUCUGGAGACGCAUCCCAAGGAGCAGGUCAUCAAGGCGCUGGUGCAGAUGACAAUUGUGGGCAACACUGGCAUGGGCAAUGCCCUGGCGGCGGCCAUGCUGGGCGACGGCUCAUCAGCAGCAGCGGGAGGUGGUGCAGAUGCUGCCGGUGGCUCCGACGACACCGCCGCCACCGCCUCGACGUCGUCUCCAACUGUGGCUGAUGUUAAGCCAGUUGUUGUGUCCGCCAGCUCAUCGAUAGCCUCUAAUGCGCCGCCGCCCCUCUCCUCCUCACUAACUUCCCCCUCCCACUCCUCCUCCUCCGUUGUUGCUGCCACAGCGAACAGCAGCAGCAGCAGCAAAUUGAGCAAUCCACCGAUGAAAGCACUGAAAUGCGCACCGCCCACGACUGAGGCGCGAGCCAACAACACAUCCGCACCCACCACAAACAGCACAAUGGCCGCACUGUACCAGCCACCGCUGGUCACCACGGACUAUCGCUACACUAAUCAACAGCAGCAGCAGCAGCAACAACCACAACAGCAGACGAGCUUUGGGCGUGGUGCCACCACCGCCACAGCCACCGCCACCGCCACUUUGGUGAUACCGCAGGUGCCACAGCAGCACUUCCUCGCCAGCAGCCAUCAGCAGCAGCAGACCCACUUUGCCCAUCAGCAGCAGCAGCAUCCUGGCCUGAAGUUUACCUACGCCACCACGCUGCCGCCCCCUCCGCCGCUGCAGCUCUUCACGCAGCAGCAGCAGCAGCAACAGCAGCAGCAGACAGCAGCACAACCGCACCAGAAACCUCCUCCCGCCUAUGGAGCCGCCAUCAGUCAAAUACGAUCUCAGCACAACCAAAACAAGCAGCAGCACCAGCAACAGCAACAGCAGCAGCAGCAACAUGUGACCGUUCAUCAUAACGUUACCCUGGCACCACCGACGACCACAACAGCAGCCUCUGGAGGAAAGCAUAGCGGCAAAGCACACACGGAAGUAUUCCUGAAUCCCCCACCACCGCCGCUGCCACCGCAGGCGGGCAGCCACGGGCAGCACCAGCAGCAUCAUCACCAUCCGCAACAACAGCAGCAGCAGCAGCAGGCACAGCAGUCCUCGAUGCCAGUGUCCCUAACAACGGGUGCCACCAGACAGCAACAGCAGCCGGUGACCUUGCAGACCUAUGGAUCGAGUGCAGGAAGCUGCAGCUCUUCCUCCCUGCCCGCCAUCUCAACGGCUGGUCGAACGAGCCGCCAGACCAACUCUCCCUUCGGGGCAUUGCUCAAUGCUGCGGCGGCUGCUGCCAGCUCCUCGCCCUCGUCCGCAUCGGCCGCCUCGGUGCUGCGCUACGCGGAGUCGCCGGUGGCCCAUUAUCUGGAGCGGGAGAACGGGGACUUCAUUGUCCAGGAGACGCCCAAGCACAUUGUGGAGUGCGUCGAGAAGGAGGACGGGGAGUUCUCCGUGAUCGAGCGCAUUUACCAGUCGCCUCCGAGUGUGCUCCACAUACACGACGACGACGAGGACGACGACGACGACGACGACGAUGAAGAGGAGGAGGAAGAGAACGAGACGGCCCUGCAGGAUGAGCACGAACAUGUGGAGGAUGGGGACGAUGAGCGGGACGAGAACAGCCGCUGCCGGAACUUGACCAAAACAACGAAGAAGUCGCGGAAGACAAAGCCCAAGCGAACCUCAAAGAAGAGUCCCCGGCAACACCACUCGGACGAGGAGUUCAUGAGCAUCAGCAGCGGCUGCGAGAGCGACUCCGAGUCCGAGUCCGAUACGAAGGUGGAGGUCCAGGCGGUGGCGCUACCCCCUCUGUGCACGGCCCCCUCCACGAGCAGUGCCGCGGCGGCCGCCGCAGUGGCCUCCGCGUCCACCCUAGCAGACGGCCAUUCGAACUCCACCUCAAACUCCAAUUCGAACUCGAACGCCAAGUCCAAGAAGAACCGCAUCACAGUGCUCAGCGAUGUGCCGCUCAACAUGAACGAGUACCUCGAUCUGAUGGGCAACAUCGUGGCCUCCAGCCGCAUCGGCACCUCUCGGCCGUUUGCCGCCGUGGCGCCCAUUCCACUGGUCAAGGUCGAGAAGGAGGAGCCCAUAGAUGAGUACGACAAUUCGGCGCAUUCGGAUGCGACUGAUCCCAUGCUGCUGCUGGAUCACAAGCCCAGCCUGGAGCAGAGCUGUGGGGAAGGACAUGGCACCACCAGCGUCAUCCGCAUGGCCAGCGGCAUGUCGGCGGCCACGGAGGACUUCACCCAGCCGCCGCCCAUGAAGGUCGAGGUCGAGCCAACGACGCUGCUACCUCAGCGGUUCUCGACUCCUGCCCAGCUUCGUGGACCCAAGAAAUUAGUCAUCAAACCAAAGGCCACGGCAACGACGACGACGACGGCGACGGCGACAACAAAACAAAAGACUGACACCCCAUCUUCCUCGAGCGCGGAUCCGCUGCUGCCCUCAACAUCAACAUCCACCUGCAACUCCCUAUCCAUAUCAAAAUCCGCCACGGAGCUGGUCCACAUCAAGAGCGAGAUCACGGAGAUGCCGUCGAGCAGCAUCCUCGAGAAGCAUCUGACCACACGGAAGCACUCGACGGUGAACGACGACGAUGCUCGCGUGCUGCUGGAGUUUGCCAAUUCGAAGCAGCCGGCGACGCUCGCAGGCACCGCCUCCAACACCACCUUUGUGGUGAAUGCCAAUUCGGGCUUCCCCUCAGCGGGCUCCGUGUUUGCCAGCAGCACAGCGCACAGCAGCACGGGCCAGAAGCCGGGCCAAGCCAAGCCGGGCGAGGAGUACAUUCUGCCGGACAACAAUCUGGAGGUGGAUGAAAUUGUGAUAUCCUCCUCGUCCUCCUACGCCUCAUCCGUGGCGCAGGUGCAUCCGUCGCUGCCGCUGUCGCUCCAGCCGCCCACAGCGGCCGCAUUCAUUAACGACUUCAAUUUCCUAUACCACCAGACCACUCAGAGCACGGCCACGACGUCCGCCAACUGCGCCUACUUCACGCCCUUCGCCCUUCGGCAACAACAGCAGCAGCAACAGACGCAGCACGGAGUCAGCGAUGCCACGAAUGCAGCCACCUUGGCCUCCUCUUCCAGCAAUUCCUCGGCGAUGGAUCACGACUCGAUGAAUGCCACCUUUCGGGUGGCCAAGACGCAGUCGCUUCAGUCCUGGUAUCAGCUAGAUCAAGACCACGAUCCACAGCACGAGUCAGCAGCAGCAGCCGCCGCAGCAGCAGCAGCAGCAGGAUCGGGCACGGGAGCGGGAGCGGGAGCGGGAGCCUCCUCCUCUAGCCAAAACCAGAAUCAUGAAGGGGCCCAGCCCACCAACUUCAAUGCCGCGUUGGCUGCCGUCGAUUGCUGCAGUGUGGCCGUCGAUGGCGAUGUCAAGUAUCUGGAUCUGGACGCGUGCAAGCGGGAGCAGCUGAGCAGCAGCAGCAAUCUGCCAUCGGCAUCCGCCUCCACAUCGACAACAUCCUCAUCGUUCGCUGGGGCGGCCACGGAGAGCAGCCUCGUUGGAGGCCUCAACAUACGCACCGAUGAAAAAAUGCCCGCCAAGGGCGAAAUCUCAGAGCAGGAGAGCAACUGCGACAUCGAUAACUCGUGGAGUCAGUCGGUGUACGGCGACAUAUCACAGCGAUACUUUAGGAAUCAGUUCACUGGCGGCUACAACCCCGACUGGCGGCAGGACUACUAUCCGGUGCAGGAUCUCAGCGGCCAGCAGCGGGAGCACAAGCGAUUCGAUUUUAAUGCUGUCGACGAGGAGGCCUCAUCCAGCUCCAGAAAGAGUCAUCUAAUUGAUGAGCAGCCGGCAGCCACCACUUCCUCUGCGUCUUCGGCAUUGCUGGCUGGUCCACCAAUCGCUUCAACGUCCAGGGCUGCCGCUGAGGCGGCGGAGGCGGCAGCUUCGGCCGCUUUGGCGCAGCGCAAGCCGCAGCGUCGCAAGCUCUACAAGUGUCCGCAUUGCGAGGCCAUCUUCGAGAAGCUCAAGGACCGGAAUGCGCACAUGAUUGGCGAGCACAACUAUGUGCGUCAGAAUCGCCGUCUGAUUUGCACGCAGCCGCAGAUUAGCGCCCCGAUGCUACCGCCACCCCCGUCCCAGCAGCAACAGCACCAGCAGCUGCUCAUGCACGCGGGCGUGGGCGUGGGCAACGGCGGCGUUGAAGCCAUGCAUGAGGAUUCAAAAGAUGGCAUUGUCAAGAUCAAGCAGGAACAGUGCCAGGACAGGCCGGAUGUGGAGCAGAUCGAGACCAGCCCCGAGCUACUGACCGAUGUCAAGGAUGCCGAGCUGCUGGGCAUUGGCGAUGGCGAUGCGGAUGCGGAUGGUGAUAUCAAGCCGCCCAGCCAGCUGGACCACAAAAUGACCCUCCCGCCAUUGGCGAUGACCACGCCGGCCGCCAAAUUGGCGGCCCUAUAUCGAAUGCUUAUUUCCUACAACGAGUCCAAGCUGGGACAGGAGCGCAACAACCUCAACGAGCUGGAGCAGAAGGCGAUGGAGAAGUCCAUCUUCCUGUGCUAUGUCUGCCGCACCGACUUCCCCUCCGUUAAGCUCUACGAUGCGCAUCUCACGGAGCAUCCCGCCGAGUGCUUCACCUGUGGCAAGAAAUUCUAUAGGUGGAAGAACUUCUCCCUGCAUCUGAAGCGCCACUUGGGCUGGAAGGAGUUCGGCUGCUAUGUCUGCGACAAGAAGUUUGUCGUGCGCAGCGCCCUCGUGGAGCACAUGCGGAUGCACACGGGCCAGACGCCGCUCAAGUGCAAGAUAUGCGGCAAAAAGUUUAAGCGGUACUCGAAUUUGACGCAGCACCGCAAGCGUCACACAAAGGUGAUGGUGCGCAAGAAGGAGUACGUGUGUCACUGCGGCGAGGUGCUGCCGUCGAAGGCGCGCUUUCUCUGGCACAAGGAGACGCACGAUGUGAAGCCGAAGUGCUGCCCGUACUGCUGCGAUCGAUUCGUGCACGCCAACUCGCUGCGCCGCCACAUACGGCUGGCCCACUCGGAUAAGUUCGACUACGCCGAGCCGAUGGAGUGCCCCAUGUGCAAGCAGAUCUUUGCCAAGACCUCGAUCAAGGCGCACAUGGCCACGCACUCGACUGAUCCGCAGUACGACUGCGCCAUCUGCAACAAGAGCUUCUCCACCAAAUGGAAUCUCAAGAUACACUCGUGGGUGCACGCCAAUCGGACGGCGAAACCGUUCAAGUGCGAGUACUGCCCAAAGGCGUUUGUGCGAGAGCUGGACUUCAAGAACCACAUCAACGCACACAAGCAGAUCAAGCCGUACACCUGCGAGUACUGCGGCUGCAAGUUCAUACGAAAGUACAACUACAUGCGGCAUCGACGCGAGCACCACGGCACCAAGAAGUUCACCUGCGACCAGUGCGACAAGUCAUUCCAUCGGCACUACUAUCUGAUCGAGCACCGGCGCAUGCACACCGGCGAGCGACCCUUCACUUGCACCAUAUGCGGCAAGAGCUCCACCACCAAGACCAAUCACAACAAGCAUCUGAAAAUCCAUCACUCGCGUGAUCCCUUCACCGUGGAGGUCUAAAUGAAUAAUAAUCCAACUAACGUCUAAUAUAAUCAUUAACUAGGUAGUUGUUCAUGACUCUUCUCUGUGUGUACUACGUGUGUGUGUGGCUCUGCUGAUACAAAAGCAAAACAAUACCACAACAACAACAAAUUAGUAUUACUUAUCGAACUAUAUAUAUAUAUUUAGUUUACAUAUGCGAAUGCCAAUUCUUGAUAAUGUCAGACAACAAAAAUGUCGUGUUUUAAAUACAAGACAGACAGACAGACAAACGAAACGAAACAAACAAUUAUCACAAUAACAACAUUUUGCUAAUCGUACAUUUUGGAUGUGGUUUAAGAACUUAGCUAAAUGUAAAGUGUUUUUUCUUUCCCAUCCCAGACCCCAUCUUCCAUAUUCCCCGCCGACGUGCGACAGGUGGGGCACGUGAAUCGGGGAAUCGUUUUGCCUGCUUUAAUCCCGUUUAGUUUAAGCACAUUUUAGUGAAAUAUGGCAUACCUAGGUCAGUGCAAUAUACAUAUAAGUAUACAUCAAUUACUUAUGAUGCCGGAAAAACCCUUUAGUUUCUGUAAUUUAGUUCACAAUAGGUUUAUUCAUUUAUGUAUGUAUCUAUGGGUACGCGGGAGGCGAAGCCCCACACAUAGUUAAUUUAAGUUAGCCACAAUUGGUUCUACAACUUUCGAGUUAUCCAAACUUGAGCACAUUCUAAGCGAAGGACAUACAAUACAUACAAUACACAGAAAACGAAUCCCAUCUAACAACUUGUUAUAUAAUUUGUAUUUUUCUAAUUGAAGAGACUACUACUCUCUGCCAGCAAUCGAACGUAAGCGAACACAACUGUCAUAUUGGAUAAACAAUUUCGAUGUACGUAGAAUAUUCUUGAUUUAUAGUAGUUGCAACUUCUCUAGGCUAUUUUAAUGGAUUGUUUCAAUGGUUUAAAGCAUCAAUUAGUUAAAAUUUCUAGCAUUAAGUGAACACAACAUUAAGUCUAAAUGAAAUUUCAUAAUAAUAUAUGCAUCCAUGCAUCCAUAAUGAUAACGAAGAAAAAAAAAAUACAAAAAAAUGAAAACCAAACAAUUUUAAAAUAUUUACAAAUUACAUACAAAUUUCAAUGAGAACUAAUGGAAAGAAUCCCAUUCUAUGGAGGAAAUAAAUUCAAUUUAUGGAUAAUUACAAAACAAUGAA